AUGAUCUCCGACACGCUGGAUUCCCUGGAGGAGCGUAUGAAAGCGGCCGAACGGGAAAGCGGUGACGGGAAGCGGCGUAGCGAAGUGCAGUGGCCCAUAUUCCGCAUCCACCACCAGAGGUCUCGCUACAUAUACGAUCUGUUUUACGUGCAGAAGGCCAUCUCAAGGGAACUAUACGACUACUGUGUUCGUGAAGGUUAUGCGGAUGCGCAUCUCAUCGCAAAGUGGCGUAAGCCCGGCUACGAAUACCUGUGCUGCCUUCGUUGCAUCCAGACAGCAAAUCAGAACUUUGGCACCAGCUGCAUCUGCCGCGUUCCCAGCCGCGACCUAGAGCCGGGGAAGAUCAUCGAGUGCAUCCCUUGCGGGUGCCGCGGUUGCGCCUCCUGCGAUUUCAAGAACGAGUGA